AUGUCCCACAACAUCCUCAUCACCGGCGCCUCAGGCUACCUGGGCGGCACUCUGCUCGCCCGCUGGAAAGCCGCCCACCUGCCCGCAUACAACACUCUCUACGCCCUCGUGCGGUCCGACCAGCAAGCACACUCCGUAAAGGCAUACGGCGCCGAACCACUCAUCCUCGAUCUCAAGGACCUCGAAACCGUAACUCGCACAGUCGUGCAGAAGGAAAUCAGCAUAAUCUAUUUCCUGGUCGACGCAUUCAAUGUCCACGUGCAAAAGGCCCUAAUCGGGGCCCUGGAGCAGGUCAAGGAGAAGACCGGGCGCGACGUGCACUUCCUACAUACGACUGGCGCAAAGGCGUUUAGUUCGCAUGUUGGCAUGGACGGUGCGACACGGCUCCUCGAUACGGACCCGCGGCUGUACGAGAUCCAGAAGACGACUGUCUCGCCUAUUCCGAUUUUUAGUCAGAUCGCACGCACAAACACCGACAUAAUCGACACAGCCGAGGCCGCCGGGGUAAGGAGCUACAUCUUCGCCCCGUGCAUCGUCUACGGUGAAGGCGAGGGAUUCGGGAACCGCAUCUCAAUCCAGGACGUGGCGAUUGUUCGUGCCGCAAAAGCUGCGGGGCGAGUUUACAGAGUGGACUCGGAUCGGCCGGUGUGGCCUGUCUGUCACAUUCACGAUAACACCGAGCUCUACCUGCAGAUUCUGCGGCAGAUCCUGCAGGGUAAGGACGUCGGACACGGUAAGGAGGGGUUCUUCCUUGCUGCAUCGGGGAGUGUAGCAUGGGACGAAAUCUACCAGGCGUUUGCGAAGGCGUUGGCAAAGCGCGGUGUCAUUGAGACUGAUGAGGUCGAGCUUGCGGAUGAAUCGGGUUUGGAGAAGAUGGCCAAGGGACUUGAUUUGCAGAAUGGGACUGUUGCGAUUCAGCUUGGGGGAGGGUGCAAUUUCACAGCUGCGCAUGGCAGCAAGAUCGGGUGGAAGCCUCAGUAUGCGCCGGAGCAUAUUCUCGAGGUAGCUGAUGAGGAAGUCGAGCAGAUUCUAAAGUCGCUUUAG